CUAACUUCUUCCUAGAGCUGAGAGACAAACAACUUCUUCCUCCUCCACAUUCCCACCUCCUUCGGAGAGUCCUGGUCCCCCUAUUUCAUUGACUGGCAACCCCAUUCAAUAUGACGAAUCCAGAACUUCGCGCGCAGGUCAUACAUAUAUACAAGGAGCUGCUCUUCCUUGGUCGCAAUUAUCCCCUAGGCUACGAAUAUUAUCGGAACAGGUUACAUAAAGCAUUUUCCAGCCAAGCGCAUCUGGAUAAUGAGGAGCAGAUCCGGAAAGGGAUUGCUAGGGCGGAAUUUGUCAAAAAGGAAAUCGAAGCAUUGUACUAUUUGAAGCGAUAUCGCACCUUGAAACAGCGCUAUGAAAAUUAAAUGAUCCCGGCCGUUCAAAAUACCAUGGAGCCUUAAUAACACGUUCUCAAGAAUAUUACACCAAGGAAUAUAUAUAUGCGAAAACUGAAAGGAGAAAAAAGUGGGGUAUCAC